AUACUCCCAUUGCCACUAUCUCUUCAUCGCAUCUACAUAUCAAUGUAACCAAAUAAUGUUGUCUUUACUGGUAGUAUGCGUAGAGACGUAAAACGAGUGACAUAACCGACGUAGGGGUAGAAUGACAUUAGGGGAAUGUGGAAAAUUUUUCCUGGCAACCCUGAAUCGCCUCCAUGUUUUAAAAGAACCUUUACCGAACUUUACUGCUUCAGUGUAUGAUGGCAGAGAGGAGGUAGCCAUUAAGAGAAUAAAAUAACAUAAGUAUUUGAAACCUUUUGAAAUUCCUAGAAAUGACGUUAUUUUCUAAAAAAAAUCCGAGAGUAAAACACUUGUCGACCAAAAUAGCGACUUUAUAUUAGGAAAAUGUAAUAGCAUAGAGGAUGACAUAAUUUCGGCGAGUCUUGGAAAUUACGUCAUAUUCCAAGAAUUUUUCGAAACCGGAAUUAAAACCGAAUUAAUUAACCAUUUCCCGAUCUCAUUUUUCGAUUUUUUGUGAGUUUUUGUGGGGUUGGGCAAUCAGAAAUUGUAAAAUGCUGUUCAACUAUUCUGACUUAUUGAAACUCUUUCUAAAUAUAUUCUAUAUAAUUUUUUUCCAAUAAAUAAUCUCAUUUUUUAUUGCAUUAUAUCAUCAUUUCUAAAAAGAUCCUUGCUACUGACUACUGCUGACUAUUUGUGGUAUCCUGAUGUUUUUGUCCUCAAAGUAGCUUUUUCUGUAAUCAAUACGGAAAAGGAGCAAUGUUUUUUCUAUUAUUUGAUUAAACUUUAAAGCUAUUUUUAUGUCUUAUCGCCUUUAGCCUUCGAUGAUCGUAAGUACGAAUGCAAAUUUCUGUUCUCGUUGUGCAUGUGCACGUUUUUCCCACCAAGAGCACCAGAGAAAAAAUGUGUCUAUAGUUCGGCCGUUGUCAGCUAGAGGCUCGUAUUCUUAGUGCGCAUUUUUUAACAUUGCAUCUGUGAUCUCGCUAUUCAUCUCUGAUCAUUCUAAUACAUACAUAUGUACAUAUCAAUGGAUUGUAUUAUUAAUCAUCGUAAUAUUUAUAUUAACGUAAUCAUUAAAAAAUGCAUCAGUGUUAAUCGUUAGAAAUAUAGUUGUUGAGUGGGUGUAAAGCGAAUACGCCUAUCAUAAAUAAUGAUAGAAAAAUGGAGUAAUAUUUGGGAAUAUAUAUAUGCAUUUCUAAACUCAACUACAUUUUGAUUGUAUAUAAUGUGGAAUUUUUUAUGUAGAUAUUUUUGUACAUUUUGGAUUAUCUAUUUACAUAUGCUGAUUUUAUUAAAAGUUUUUCUUAAAUAACAUCUGUGUAUAUCUAUAUACAAAGACAUAGAAUAUAAAUUGCUCAUAUAAAUUAUAAUUUAUUAUAAAUUUAUUAUAUCAUAUUGUUCAAUAUACAAUGUAUCUUAAUUAUAAAAAAAAUACAAAGCAUUGAUAAUAUAUUUUAUAAAAAUGCAUUUUUCUAUACCAGAUACACAAGAAUUUAUUGAUGCAACUGAUAAUACAUAUGUGGGUUACAACAUUCAUAUAAAUGGAUUAUUUCAUUGUACUGUGAGAUAUAAACAACUACACAGUCUCCAUGAACAAUUGGCUAGAAAUUUAGAUAUAUCUCUCCCAGCAUUUCCCCCUAAAAAAUUUUUUCCUUUAACAACAAAUCAGCAAGAAGAGCGUCGUCUUUCUUUGGAAAAAUAUAUUCAAACAAUUGGACAAAAUCCAGUUGUUAAUAAUUCGGGAAUGUUAAAUGGAUUUUUGUUAAAUGCUCAGCAAGAAACUAUUGGAGGCCCAUCUAAUAAUGAAUUUAUGGACAUUUUUCUUAUGAAUGGUUGUAAAAUAACAAUAAAUGUUUCUACAGGGGAUCAUUCUGGUAGUGUUUUAGAGAAAGUAUACAAGAGCCUUAGACUACCUGAAGAAUAUUAUUCAUAUUUUGUAUUAUUUAUUGUUGCUCACGAUGAAGCAAAUAGUGUUCAUUUACUACGAAAAUUGCAAAACUUUGAAUCCCCAUUUAUAACUAUUAAACAUCUACACGUUAUAGGAAGUAAAGUUGUACUUGGAAAAAAUUAUUGGGAUGUGGGCUAUGAUUUGAAAAUAAUGGAUAAUGAGGUGGCAAUGAAUUUAUUAUAUAUUCAAGCAGUUGCUGAAAUUAAUUGGGGAUGGAUUCCCAUUACAGAUGAACUAAGAAACAAGCUAACAGUCUUAAAAAAGCAUGGAAAGAAAAAAGAAUAUCUGGACAUAGUACGUACUUCAAAGUAUUAUGGAUAUAUUCAUUUUGCUCCAUGUCUUUGUGAUUAUCCUCAACCAGAUUCAAAAGUAUUAGUAGCCAUAGGUAGAAAUGAAUUAAAUUUGCGUAUAUUAAAUGAUGGAGAACAAUGCGAAGAAGUAUUUAAAGUCUCACGAAUGCGUUGUUGGCGUAUAACUACUGUGCAAAAUGGAUCUGAAAGGGGAGGAGAAGAAAGUGAUGAGUUUAGUUUAGAAUUAUCAUUUGAAUAUUUAAUAGCUAAAAAUCAAUUACAAUGGGUUACAAUUACUUCAGAACAAGCUAUCUUAAUGUCUGUAUGCUUGCAAGCUAUGAUUGAUGAAUUAUUAUCAAAGACUGUUGAUAGUAAUAAUAAGGCUCAGGAGGUGUCUCAAAAAUCCUGGAUUUAUGUUAUGAGAAAUGGCCAGAGUAUUACAGUGGGAUCAAGCUCUAAUGAAGAAUCUGAAGAAAGUAAAAAGAAUCGUUGUAUUAAACAACCUUCUAAAUCAGAACCAAUUAUGAAGAAACUUGCUGACAGAUUAUCAGUAGUAAAAAUAAAAAAAUCUAGUGAUGUUAGAAGUAACAUAAGUAGCAAGGUUCAAGGAAAACAAACAUUGGAAUAUGAUAUGGAAAAUAAUGCAUUUCGCAUGAUCGAUGAUGACGACUUAUGAAUAUAUAAACUGGAACUGUGAAAUGAAAAAUACAUUAGAAAUAUCUCGAAAAAUA